AACACCGUCUACCCGUUCGAACGAACCGUAAAAAACAAAAUGUCCUGGCGGCAAUUUUUUGGUGGUAUUGAGGGGGGUGGAACCCAUUCUAACAUGGUGCUCCUGACAGGGGAUGGAGAGUGUGUUGCAGAGAGUGAGGAAGGCUGUACGAACCACUUUCUGGUGGGUAUAGAAGACUGUCUCAAGAGAAUCCAAGCGAUGGUGAACGAGUGUAAACAAAAGGCUGGCUUGGAUGCGACUCUGCCCAUCACAUCACUGGGUCUUUCUCUCAGUGGUGGUUAUGAAGAUCCGAGCUGCAGCAAACUUUUAAAGGGUCUCAAGUCGGAGGAAUUUAAAAAUAUCAGUGAAAAUUACUACUUAUGCAAUGACACAAAGGGUUCCUUAGCUACAAUAAGUGAUUCAGGUGGCAUUGUGCUGAUAGCAGGAACUGGUUCAAACUGCCUCCUCAUCAAUCCUGAUGGGUCAUCACAUGGCUGUGGUGGUUGGGGGCAUCAACUUGGAGACGAGGGAUCAGCAUACUGGAUCUCUCAGAAGGCGAUGAAGACCCUAUUUGAUCAUGAUGAUGGACUCGUCUCCUCACAACUUCCUGUUGACUUCAUCAGGAAGGCAGUUUAUAAUCAUUUCGCUAUCAAGGGUAACAUGGACAUUCUAGAGCACAUGUACACAAGUUUUGACAAAUCCAAAGUGGCAAAACUAUGCAAGGAAAUAGCCAGAGGAGGUUUAGAAGAGAAUGAUCCACUUUGUUGCCAAAUCUUCAAAGAGGCAGGCCACCACCUGGGGAGACAUGUCCAGGCAGUCGUGCGCAAUAAGAAAACUGACAAGAGUCUCCUAGAGGGUAGUGGCGUAAACGGUUGCCUGCAGGUUGUAUGUGUUGGCUCUGUCUGGAAGAGCUGGAAGCUCUUGCGAAAUGGUUUCCUAACGGGGAUAGAAGCCGACAAACCAGGCGAUGUCAGUAUACCUGCCAUAGAACUAAUCAAACUGACGGGAUCUGCAGCAUAUGGUGCAGCAUUCCUUGGAGCCAAGUCCAUCCUAUACGACCUUCCUAUCAAGCAUUUUAAAUACGGAGAUUCAUUCUUCAUGGAAAAGAAGGGGGAACCAGCUGUUGUAACUGUCACAAGUCAUUGAAGGAAUGUAGAAACAGGCCAAACAAUAUUUUUAAAACUUAAGGAAUUCCAGUCUUUUUCUAUGGUAUCGACUUAGAUGAUAUCAAUAAACAACUUUACAUCUUUA